AUGAGGAGCAUUGUGAAGUCACCUCGUUGUCGAGUAAACAAAUUCCCAGGAAUGACGGACCUUUCGAAGAAAGUCUCACUUACACAUGCAAUCGACUCAAUGCGAAAAAUUUUCCCAGAUGAUUAUAAAUUCUAUCCGCCAUCGUACUUUCUUCCGGCACAUUUCGAUCAAUUCAAAGAGUUCUGGCAUACUGAGCUGUCACGUCGACGUCGAAAUGGUCAACAGGGUGAUCUCUGUUUCAUCGUGAAACCAGAUGAUGGAUCUCAAGGAACGGGUAUUUAUUUAAUAAGCGAUCCAGAUCAGAUUAAAGACGUGUCGGAGAAGCAGCUGGUACAGGUGGGUCAUUUCUAUCUGAAGGCAUUGUUUGCGAAAACUACGCGCUCCCACCAU